GAUCGCAGAGGAAACAAUAGCAGUGUGCGUCGAAUGUAUUCAGUAUGAUUCUGAUGGGGGAAUUGUGCUCGUAUCCCAUCGGUAGCAUGGAAUGGCAUGUCAGGUUUUCACCUGAUCACGAACAAACACGGAAACAAAAUGGUACAAGUCAAGCAAAUUGUCACCAAAUGAGCCGAGUUAGAAUGGACAAGCGCGUGUGCGAGUGUACACACCUCUGGCUUCUUUAGACGUCAUAGAGGAAGUCGAUGGUCGUCAUUUAUGUUCCUAUAUUCAGCUAACGUGUCGGGAUUGGCGGCUGAGCUGAAUGUAUUCACGUGCUGGAACCUCGCUCAAGAUGACGGAACUCUUCAGAUAUUGCUUUUUUCUACUGAUCCUUGAAACUGGAUGUGCUCAAAAUAUUCCUUUGGAUAUAUUAUAUUUAGUGAAGAAUAACACAGAAUUCUCAGCGUUUCAUUCGUUGCGUGAGACGUUGCUGCUUCGUGGAAUCUUCCUCACUACUUCCCCCAUGUUGUUGGACUUAUCCAAACCGUUUGCAUCGGUAUCUAAACUUACCACGCAAUUGGUCAGCCCGGACCUAUUAUUAAUGUCAUCCCAGGCAUGUGGUUCCCUAGCAGCGGCGUCCUGGCUGGAUGGUCUCAAUCUUCCUCACAUAUGUUAUCACGAUGGCUCUGUGGACAAGACGAGCUUUCUUAUCGACAUGUUUACAAAGAAAUGCCUUCAAAACUCUGGACCUGACACCUCAUCAACGACACAAUGUCUUGAGUCUUUGAAAUUGCAGCCUGAGACAGACAUGCUUCUAGGCUCUCUGGUGUCAAGCCUUAAGUGGUCCUUCAUUACCAUAUUCUUUGAGGACAGAAUGGAUGCAAUCGUCAAAUCAGUUUCGGCACAACUGUCGCAACUCAACGUUCAGUGCUUGAUGUACAAGGUGAAUGGCAAUUACACAGAUGAAGAGAUUAAUGAUCUUAUCAAGCGAGCAAUUUCACUUCUCCCGGUAUCUGAGAGGAACUUUUUUAUUUUGUGUGAUGGCACCUGCGGAAGGAGAGUUUUAGAUCAGGCUGACAAAAUGGACGACCGCGAGACAGCAAUAAAAAUGAUGUCAGCGUGGUUGUUGUUGGUGUCAAUGGAGGAUUACGAUGUCAUAGAGGAUGUUCACUAUGAACUAGACAACGUAGCUGCACUUCUGCUACCAUCGCUCAUUCUUCCAUACGGGACGGUAAAGCCGAGUGUCAACCGGACAUGUAUUGAACUUGCAGCAGAUUGGAGGCAAGCAACAAAUAGCUGUUCUGACGGUCACCUGAUAACCUUGCUGCAUAAACCAACAUUUCGGCAGUGGAGCCCUGUAGGUUAUGUGAGCAAAUCAGGACAAAUGACAGUGCCUGAUGUCAUAUUUCCGAACAAGCAGUUUGGUUUCAACAAGAGGAAACUUCAAGUAGUAACUAUUCUUCUGUAUCCGUUUGCUAUGAAGAACAGCACACUUGGGAAGGACAUUUACACAGGAAUUUGUCUGGAUCUUCUUCAGGAGUUGGCGUCAACAUUUAAUUUCACAUAUGAAGUACUAGAACCACCCGACGGCGAGUAUGGAAGAAUACUUAAUGGUUCCUGGACGGGUGUAGUCGGAAUGUUGGAAAGACGGGAGGUCGACAUGGCUGUGGCCGCACUAACAGUGACGCAAGAACGUGAGAAGGUCAUGGACUUCGUCUACCCCUACUACUAUGACGCUGGGGGCGCUCUCUAUAAACUACCUGAUGAAAUGUCCACGAAAUGGCUAACGCUGAUCAAACCAUUUAAGUGGGAAGUGUUUCUGUGUUUAGGAAUUGUCUUCGUCAGUAUGACUUUCUUUCUUUGUGGAAUGGAAUUCUUAAACAUUCGUAAAAAGAAACUGUCUAUCAGCAUGGCGGAAGUUUUGAGCAGUAGUAUGUGGCAUAUAUCCGGCACCUUUUUCAAACACGGUAGCCAUAGCCUUCCUAAAUCCCAACCAGGGCGCAUCCUCAUCAGUUUUGUAUGGUUAUUCUGCAUCAUCGUGGUGGCUGCGUACAGUGGGAACCUCAUCGCUUUCCUUACCGUGUCCAAAAACUACCCUCCCUUUAAAACACUGGCGGAAGUUACUGAACAGACUGACUACACCUGGGGAACUGAUGGCGGGAGCAUGUGGACUACUCUCUUUCAGACAUCCAACAGAAGUGAUUACAAGAAAAUAUGGAAAGGAAUAGUGAACCAAAACAGAAGUAAUUCUGACGUUCUCAGUCUGAAUCAAGGUCUUCAUAGGAGCCACGUUGAGGCUGGAUCCUAUAUCUUCAUGUUCGACCGGGACGUGAUAGACAUAUGGUCCCUUGACAACUGUGACUUGAUAUUACUUGAAGAAACAUUCUACCAGAUAACGUAUGCCGUAGGGCUGCCUCAGAAUUCUCCCUAUGGAAGAAUGGUAUCGGAAAAGAUGUUGAAAAUUGAACAAAGCGGGUUACUCCAGAUAUGGAGAAGUAGGUGGUGGCCGAAGGGGAGCGGAUGUGCUGGCCAGACGCAAGUACAGGCCAAAGUAAUAGCACUUAUUGACUUACAGAGCGCAUUCUACUUUUUGGGAGUUGGCCUUAGUACAGCUCUUCUAGUGUUGAUGGGAGAGCGUUUACGACAUUGCUGCAAAAAGCGAAGUAUGUAACUAGUGCCUUCGUGAUUUUGGUGCGAAAUCCAGUAAUUAGGGCUGGAAUACUUAUUAAUGAUUGCUUGUUAACAAUUAAUGUUGUGUUUACUUGUAUAUGGGGGUAUAUCAUCUUGGUACUUAGUGUUGGUGAAUACUGGUGUUCCAUGAUUGAGACACCAAUGGUCAAUUUGUGAGAUUGUUAAAAUCGUUUGCCUGGUGUUAUUUGAGCUUCUGCUACACAUAAUGGCGUUUGUGAAAGAUAAAAUAUUGGAUAAGAACUGAUAUACUGUGUCACAUUUUUAUCUUAUGUGACGACAACGACAUGUUGUACAGGUUGCUAUGUUUUAUUGUGCUAUGUGUGCUCAAUCAUGAUCUAGUAACAAAUAACAGGAUUAAUGAAUCGGGUCCUGAUCUA